CUGCCAUAUGCCCUUUUGCAUCUCAGCCUCAGCAACCCAUAACCCCUACCGUCUCAUCCGUUGUAUAAAUACACCCUCCCGUAACAAAGCUUUUUGCACCAAAACUUGAGAUAUAGAGAGAGUUCUACCACAAGUAGAAAAAAAAAAAACACCCUUUCUAUAAUCUCAAGAUGGCUUUGUUGUUGUCUUCCUCAUUUCAUCAACUCGUUGUUGUUGUUGCUGCGUCGUUGAUGGCUUUGUUCUUGAUCAGCUGCAACGCGCAGCAGCUUACUCCGACGUUCUACUCCCCGACUUGCCCGUCGGUGACCAACAUCAUUCGCCAAGUUCUCGUCAAUGCUUCCGCCACCGAUCCCAGGAUCGGCGCCAGCCUCAUCAGGCUUCACUUCCAUGACUGCUUCGUCAAUGGAUGUGACGCAUCAGUGCUGCUGGACAACAGCGCGACGAUUUUAAGCGAGAAACAAGCUCUUCCAAAUAACAACUCGUUGAGAGGGUUUGAAGUUAUAGAUUUGAUGAAAAGCCGGGUGGAGGCGUCUUGCCCCGGCGUCGUUUCUUGCGCCGAUAUCCUCACCAUCGCCUCCGAGGAAUCUGUCGCCUUGGUACGUAGAUUUAACUGUGCUGAUCUUAAUCUUAUUGGAGGACCGUCGUGGGCAGUUCCAUUGGGAAGACUGGACAGCUUAACCGCAAACCGGAGCUUAGCGAACUCGGCGCUCCCGCCUCCCUUCUUCACCGUCCCUCAGCUCAAAGCUGCUUUCGCUGCCGUCGGCCUCAACACCACCGUCGACCUCGUCGCCCUCUCUGGUGCGCACACGUUCGGGAGGGCCCAGUGCGGCGGGUUCGUGGACCGGCUCUACAACUUCAGCGGGUCGGGCAACCCGGACCCGACCCUGAACGCGACCUACCUCAACACCCUCCGCCAGCUGUGCCCGCGCAACGGCAACGCCAGCGUGCUCGCCAACCUCGACCGCGCCACCCCCAACGCCUUCGACUCCCGCUACUUCUCCAACCUCCAGACCCGCGAGGGCCUCCUCCAGAGCGACCAGGAGCUCUUCUCCACCGCCGGCGAGGACACCGUCGCCAUCGUCAACCGGUUCAGCGCCAACCAGACCGCCUUCUUCCAGAGCUUCGUCGCGUCCAUGAUCAGGAUGGGCAACAUCGCCCCGCCGCCGGGGAGCCGCGGGGAGAUCAGGAGGAACUGUAGGGUCGUGAACGCUGCUUCGACGUUGAUUACCACGACGGCUACGGAUGGUUCUGCGGAGAGUGGUUUGGGUUACGAGACGACGCCACUUGCUAGCUCUAUUUAGAAAAAGUUUUAUUAUGACGACUUUUCUACGUGGAAUAUUGGGUGAGACUGAGAGAAAGUUGAAUAAAGAUUAUUAUUAUUAUUAUAUGGUUAAUGUGUGGGUUUAAUUUGGGGGAAGUUGGGUCUAUAGAGUCGGCUGGCCCGUUGUUGUACUUGUAAUACGUUGUUGAUCUGGAGUUUAUGCAUGGUUUAAGCUUUAAUUGUCGUUUUACUGUUAAUGUUAUUACGUGUAAUAUGAAUAUAAAAAAAUGUUUUAUGUAAUGUCAAGAAAGUUUUGUGUGG